AUGUCCAACGAUAAAUAUAUAAAGAUUUGCGAUAAAAAAUUUCCUAAACAUUGGAGUCUUGGUUUUAUUAGUGAAACUAUAAAAUUUUAUUCUGCACAAAUACCUGAAUCUCCAAAAUACUUAUUUCAAGAUACUGAGUUUCCAUUCUCUGGUGAGAUAUCCGACCACGAUAAACAUCUAAUAAAAAAAGUAAAAGUAAUACUUGACACAGAAACACUAAGCACAGGAGAUGAUUUCAACAUAGCCGAAUCAAUAGAAAAAUGGUGUCAAAAAAACGACCAGACGCCCGAAAAAAUUUAUCGAAUACUGAAAAAGAAUUUUUUGAAUUCUCCCGCAUACUGGUCAUGUCUUCUAGGCUUUUUCGAACAGUGCAGACUUGUAAACACUGGAAAUUUGAAUAAGGCAUUACGUUUCUAUAAUAUCGCGGCGGCUGGAUCCGAUGCCUUUGCGGCUAAUCAAGUGGGUUUUAUUCAUCCACGGCAUGCCCACAAUUCUGAAUACCGCUUAAAGUUUUAUAAAAGAGCUGCGGACGGGGAUCAUGUGCAUGGAUAUUUGAAUCUGACUAAUAAGUAUUAUUUCGAUAAGCAGUUCAGAAAAUAUUUUAUCUGUUUUUACCAUUCUGCUUGUAAAGGCUAUUUGAAAGUUUAUGACCAUGUGAGCAUGUGUUAUUCGCAAGGAUGUGGUGUUAAAAAGGAUAAACAUAUGGCAUUUCGAUGGAAGUUACGAUUGAGAAAUGCCACAAAUAUUUUAGAGGAACAGAAGCGGAAGAAUUUUGAAUCUAAUACAUGUAAUUAG